AUUGAUACCCCUCUACCCCUCGUGUUUUUCCUAACCUCUUCUCUUAUGAUUUUACUUAAGUAUAAUCCUUACUCAUCAGUUCGCGACAACGCUUCCAUUCACUUUUUAUAUAUCGCGUUAUUUUCAAUAAACUCUAAUUAUAUUACAUUUCUGAUUUUCUGCGUCAUUCUUCUCUACUGUUCGAUUUCGAUACUUUGACGACGUCGAAGCUGUCAACGAUUGGACAAGUACAUAUCAUAGCUUCAGAUCAUGAUGAUUCUGAUGAAGAAUAUGCGGCGAAUGUACUGCCACCAAAAAUCAUGUCUCUACCGAACACAUCGAGACUUGAUAAAAGUGAAAUAAGUUUAGCUACUAAGCAAGCAUGUGGCCUUAGAGAAGAUUCCGCCAACAAAAAUUUAUCUAUUGCAUCAAUGAUUCAAAAGAGAUCCCUUGGUUCUGGUUUUAGUAUAGGUGAAAAAUGUAGAAUAAGCAGCAACUUCUUACCGAACAAGUCACGUCAAGUGGCAAAAUAUAAUAGCAAAGUAUUUUGCGGUUCCUAUUCAAAAGAUGGAAGGUUCUUUCUCACUGCAAGCCAAGAUAAAUUGUUACGUCUCUACCAUACCGAUGAUGGCAAAUUUGUGGAAUUUAAAAAAAUUUCUGCACGUGACGUAGGUUGGAGUAUCUUAGACACUGCAUUCAGUCCUGAUGGAAACUAUAUUGUGUACUCAAGUUGGUCAGAAUGUUUAUAUCUUUGUCCUGUUUAUGGAGAUUCGAAUACGCAAGAGUCAUUAUCAUUGUGUCCUGGAGAUCGAAGAUUUUGUAUAUUCUCUCUAGUCUUCUCUAGCGAUGGUCGAGAAAUUUUAGGUGGUGCUAAUAAUGGCUUUCUUUAUGUAUACGACCGAGAAUGUCAUCAGCGUGCUUUUAGGAUCGAAGGUCAUGACGAUGAUGUAAAUACUGUUGCCUUUGCUGAUAACACGUCUCAAAUUUUGUACAGUGCAGGAGACGAUGGAUUGUGUAAGGUAUGGGAUAGGAGAACCCUUAGUGAAACAGAUCCACAUCCAGUUGGUGUUUUAGCAGGCCAUAUGGAUGGUAUAACAUAUAUUGAUCCACGUGGAGAUGGGAGAUAUUUGGUUACAAAUAGUAAAGAUCAAACGAUCAAAUUAUGGGACGUUCGCGCAUUUUCUGAUCAAAAUGGCGAGCAAAAUACUCGUAAGGCAGUUGCGAAUCAAAAUUGGGACUACAGAUGGCAAAGAGUACCCAGAAAAUUAUUUAAAGCUAAAAACAUGUUAGAAGGUGAUACAAGUAUCAUGACGUAUCGUGGUCAUUCCGUCCUUCAAACCUUGAUACGCUGUCACUUUUCUCCUUCUGCAACAACAGGUCAAAGAUACAUUUAUACGGGAUGUGCUUCAGGCAGAGUUAUAAUUUACGACGUUUUAACCGGACAAAUAGUUAAUACAUUAUUGGGUCAUAAAAAAUGUGUGCGCGAUGUAAGCUGGCAUCCAUAUCAUCAAGAAAUUGUUUCGACUUCGUGGGAUGGUGCGAUAAUUAGUUGGCGAUAUUCUGGUAAAACUGGAUUCUAUCAUUUUGAAUCGGAAGAUGAAAAUGAUACGGAAACAGCACCACGUACAUUACGGCGAAGUCAACGUAUCGCUGCACAAAGAGCAAAACAUGCAACUACUUGUUGAAAAGGAUCGUGAGAGUAAAUAUUUCUUGGGGUUGAUACAGCCUUUUGUUCGAAGUUAGUGUUACUGGCGUUAACGAAAUUGCCAUAUCCAUGGCUGAGACUGUUCUUUAAUCUACGAGAGUAAAUUUUAUACAAGACUGAACGAAAGAUAUUUGUGUUUGUGAUCAACGUUGUGAAAAUGUUCUUAUGAUUUUUAUGGGAUAUUAUUCUCUAUUUCGAGAAGUCGUCCUUAUCUCGCUGAAAUGAGCUUCCGUUUCUAUGCCGCUUAUAUAAAGAUUUUCUAUCCCGAAGAGUAAAAUUAUACGUUGCACCAUAACAAAAAAAAAAAAAAAAAAAAAAGGAAGAAAAUAAAUAAAUAAAACAGAAAAAAUAUCAUAUAAUAAUAUUAUAUAUAAAAAUACUGCUAACAGAAUAAGAGCAGGACAUCGUUUAUAAUUAUAGCUCCUUGACUGUCCGCAGUUUCGGGGUUCAUUUUUAUCAAUUUCAAAUUUGAUACUUGAUCCAAUGAACAUUCUCAAAACAUAUUAAUUUUUCUAUAAUUAAAUAUUUCUGUAAAUUAUUACGUUAAAGGCAAUAUAUAAGGAGAAAAAAAAAAGGAAAAAGAGAAAAGAAAAGAAAAGAAAGAAAAAGAAAAUAAUAGAAAUAAAUAUUUCCAGGAGCGUUGAUAAAACUGAUCGAUCAGUAAAAUGACAGGCAUUCAUUUUCAUAAGUCUGAUUACAUAGAAAACGUAACAUAGUGUGUGAUCUACCUUGCAAUGCAACUUACUGAAUACAUUUAUGAUAAAGUCUAUAAUUAUAUUGUUAACAACUUUAUCCGAUCUAAUUUUCUAAUGUUUCAUAAGAUUACAUCCUUUUUAUAUCUUGAUGGUUCAAGAUAUUAGCAUAUUUAUAUAAUCUAUUGUUCUCAUUUAAAUCGCAUUUUAUCUAUCGUGCGUAUAUAUACAGACUAACGUGUUCGAUUAAAAGUAAUGAAUGCAUAUAAAAAAGAAAGUAUGUAUUCUCGACUGAAUUCUCAUGUGGUUUUCUAAUUUUUACUGAGGAACAUUACCGUUGUAUAACGUUGAUCUAGCUUUAAACGACGAAAAUUAUCGUAGAUAUUAUUAUCAAGCAUUAGAAAUUAUAAGACAUCUAACAAACAAUUUAUUUCUAGAUUUUAUGAAUUUACAAGGCAAGGUAAUAUGUAAACGUGGUCCUUUUUUUUUUUUUUUUUUUUUUUUUUAGACUUCAACCUUUUCUUCAACUCAUAAACAGUAUAACCUUCUUCAUUUUGUUUCAUGAACGAUGUAGAAAUGUUUAUUUUCUAAGAGGUCUAAUAAGUUCUUAGGAAUGACAUUAAAUGCGUAUUGUUAUUUUGCUUGGUAAAGAAAAAGCAUUCGUGAGAAUCUAUAAUAUUUUAUUAGGAUUAAUAAUCCGUAUAUAUAAUAUAGAAUGUGAUGGAAAAAAAAAAAAAAAAGAAUUUAUUUCUAUAUUAUUUUUGUAUUUAAAUAUGGCUUUUCUUUUUCUAUUUUUCUUUUUUUUUUCUUUUUUUUUUCUUUUUUUUUAAUUUUUUUUUUUUAUUUUUCUUCUAUUUUUCCCUGUAAUUUAAACGAAAAUCCUUAACAACGAUCCAAAAUGAAUAAUCGUAAGUUUCAAAUCAAUCGAACAGAUUAUGGUAGAUAGAAUAAAAAUGUUAUCUUUGCACAGAGAUACAUCCGUGUGUGUUUUUCUUACCUAUGUUCUUUUUCACAUUACCAAGGUUCAGAGGGUAUCAUUUUAGGACAUUAUAAUAUUCUCCUCUUGUGAUGCGUGUAAAUGAUGCAUAAAUAUGGUGCAACAUCUAAACAGUGUACAUAUGUAGACUAUAAAGUGUAUGAAUAAAAAUAUGAACAAGAA